UCACAAAACACAGCUGAGCUCAUCGAUCCCUCCUUUCCUGUUUUCAAAUUUGAAAACCCUUCUCCUCCUCCUCCAUUCACAAGCUUUCUGCUGCUCAUCCCCCCAUUGGAGCUUCUCCUCUCAACCAGCAGCAGAGCAGAACCCAGCCAUCAAUCUGCUGGAAAUUCAGUGGACACUUGCCGGAGAGCCAUGGAUUCCGGCAACAAUGGCAGGAAAACUACCUUGAAUCUCCCUUCUGGCAUGUCCCUUCACACCCUCUCCACAAUUUCUUCCCCUUCGAAACCCACAAUUUACAGCGAUCGAUUCAUCCCUUGCCGAUCUUCUUCGAGGCUCCAUUGCUUCUCUGUAAAUGAGAAGGCAUCUCCAUCAAAAGAAGGGGGAAACGAGGCCUACUGCAAUCUUUUAAGAAGCGAGCUCUUGGGUUCAGAUUGCUCCCCAUCAACGCCUGAGAAAUUUUCAGGAAGAUCAUCUAGGGUUUUGUUGGGUUCGCCAGCUAGCCCCAGCAAGAAUUUAUUUAGGUUUAAAGCUGAUCCCAUUAGAGGUUCGACACCGAGCUCACCUUAUGAGUCUCCUGCCGAUUGGAUCGAAGCUCCUACUCCACCUAAGGCCCCGAGGAAAAUCCCCAAAACGCCGAACAAGGUUUUGGACGCCCCAUCUCUUCAAGACGAUUUUUAUCUGAACCUGGUGGAUUGGUCCUCUCAGAAUGUGUUGGCCGUUGGAUUAGGCACCUGCGUUUAUCUAUGGAGUGCUUCUACCAGCAAGGUGACAAAGCUGUGUGACUUGGGCCCGAGUGAUAGUGUAUGUGCCGUGCAAUGGACUCGAGAAGGAUCUUAUCUCGCCAUUGGCACCAUUUCUGGGGACGUUCAGAUAUGGGACAGUGCCCGUUGCAAAAAGGUUAGGAACAUGGGCGGUCAUCAGGCGAGAUCUGGAGUUCUGGCUUGGAGUUCAUGCAUACUAUCUUCUGGAAGCAGAGACAGGAGUAUAUUACAACACGAUCUUCGUGUCUCCACUGACUUUGUUAGCAAGUUCGUUGGUCAUAAAUCUGAGGUUUGUGGGUUGAAAUGGUCCCAUGAUGAUCGAGAACUUGCUUCUGGUGGAAACGAUAAUCAGUUAUUAGUUUGGAAUCAACAAUCGACAAAGCCAGUCUUGAAGCUUACACAGCAUACUGCCGCUGUAAAAGCCAUUACUUGGUCACCUCACCAGCAUGGCCUUCUCGCAUCUGGAGGUGGAACCGCAGAUAGGUGUAUUCGCUUUUGGAACACUUCAAGUGGUACUCUAUUAAAUUCAGUGGACACAGGCAGCCAGGUUUGCAACCUUGCGUGGUGUAAGAAUGUGAAUGAGCUAGUGAGCGCUCAUGGAUACUCCCAGAACCAAAUCAUGGUGUGGAAAUACCCCACGAUGGGGAAGGUUGCAACCUUGACAGGCCACAGCAUGAGAGUUCUCUAUCUUGCCAUUUCACCCGAUGGACAGACAAUUGUGACUGGUGCUGGUGAUGAGACUCUAAGAUUUUGGAAUAUCUUUCCUUCUGCAAAAACACAGACUCCUGUUCGUGACACUGGAAUUUGGUCUUUAGGACGAACGCAUAUUCGGUGACACAGAUUCUUCAAGCAUCCGAAACAAUGGAUUCCCCAAUAAAAUCACUAUUAUUUCAUUGUGUUAAUAGUUUGUUUUAUGCGUGUGCAAUAUAUAUCCAAGAAAUUUGUGGUUGCAUUGUUUGGACUGAUGACCUUAGGGGCAAGAAUCUGUACCGCUGGUUAACUUAUAUCCAAUAAAUUUGUUUCUAGUUUUCUCA